UAAGCGUUAGCUAUGGCGGAGGAGGAAUCGGCAGCAGCAACAGCGGCGAUCGUCGAGGAAGAAGAAGGAGCGCCGACGAGGCUGUGGGUAUCGGUGAACAAUCUCUCGCAGAAGAAGCCCGUGACCUUGUUCGUGGAGGAUGUGGACAAGACGCGAGGGGCGACGUCCGGGGAGAACGCCGCCGUCGCCAGUACCGUAUCGGAUCUGGUAACGGAGACGAUCAAGGCGGAGAUUCUCUACCAGCAAGAUCAGGCCAAGGUCGCCGUGGAAUCCGUGGACAGCGUAGUGGAUGAAGCGAUCAGGACGGAGCUCCAGCACAAGGCGCAAGCAACGACGCACGACAAAGUCCCUUACACUGAGCUCACCCUGGCGCUCAUCAAGCCCGACGCGCUCAAGGCCGGCUACGAGAGAGAGAUCCGGUACACGAUGCAGGCUCACGGAUUCGUCAUCGUUCACGAGUCUCAGAUCCAGGUAAUGCUUUCUCUCGGUUUCGCAAUUUCAUCUCCCAGGGAUGGAUUUUUGCUCGCUGCGUUCUUUGUUCUUCCACGAAGAUUGAUGAUAAACAGGAUUCCAGCUUUGUGGAUGCAGUUCACGAAAGUCCGGGCUGCGCUCUUCUAUGAUCACCACCAGGACAAGCCGUGGUUUGAGAAGCUGACGCGCUACAUGAGCAGCGCUCCGGUUCACGCUUUUGUCUUGGGCAAAGUCCGAGCAGCGAGAUCGUGGAAUGUAGCAAUCGGUCCCACGGAUCCAGAGCAAGCUCGGAAAGAAUCGCCUCUAAGCUUGCGAGCACGCUUUGGAAAGGACAUACUUCGCAAUGCUGUUCAUGGCAGCUUCAACGCUGCUCGAGCAAGACACGAGAUCAAACUUCUCUUCCCCAACUUGAUUUUGGACCCUCUUCUCGAUCCACCCAAGGCUCGCUUCUACUUUGACAAGUUCCUCAAGAAGACUUUGAUCGAGGGGCUGACUGCUCUUGCCACGGCCAAGCCACAUUCGGAGCCACUCCAAGUGAUCAGAUGGUUUGCGCAGUGGCUGCAACACCACAAUCCAUACAGGCCUUUCGUUGACGGCAAGAAACACGUCGAAGUGGUCAUUCCAGACUAGAAACUCUGCGAGAGCAGCGCAUCACGUAAGCCUCUCAGUUUGUUCUUGCUUUCUUAACCAGAUGAAGCUCGACUC